ACACAUUACAAGUUUUACUUCGCUAUAAAGAUAAAGUGCUGUUGGACUGGAAGACCAUUCCAAUGAUUUAUCUCACAGAUCACUAUCCGACAUCUAUUGCUCGAAUUAAUUUUAAUAAUGAUCGAAUCGAUGAUUUAGCUAUAUUACAUUGCAAUGGAACUGUAACAAUAUUUAUUGGCUCAAAACAUGGACUUUUUGAACGGAAAGAUUUAUCUUUUGGAACUCAUAUUGGUUGCAUUGAUAAAUGUUGUCAGUCAUUGCAAGUAAUUGAUUUGGAUCGAGAUGGAAGAGAUGAUCUAGUGUUUAUUGAUACAGGAAUGAAUAGUAUUCAAGUUGCUUUGGGUUUACCUUGCAAUGAAUAA